AUGCCGCCCGGCGGCGGCAGCAGCGACGGACCAGCUCCUGGAGGAAGGGGUUUCCCCGCGUUGGGUUUAAUCUCACAACGACAGGAUGGACGUUACCUUCUUACGCGCUCGGACGAAGGUGAGACGCUGGAAGGAGUUUCACCAUUUUUGAUCGAUGAAGCGAUCAAAAACUGCUGUGGGGACGUGGCCAGCGUGAAACGUAUUCGAGAAGGAAAAAUAUUAAUCCAGACACACAACGAAAAGCAAGCGAACCAACUUAAGAAACUAACCUCACUUAUUGAUGGAGUAACCAUAACCAUAUCCGAACACGCCACUUUGAAUACAUGCAAGGUAGUGAUCACGUGUCACGAUCUAAAAGAUAUCGACGAGAAGGAAAUUUUACAAGAGCUCAAUGGGCAAAAAGUGACUCACGUGCAGCAAAUAAAGCGAAAAGCAAACGGUCAACUUAUCAAAACCCCUUCCUUCAUACUGACAAUCUCUUCAACAAUACGACCAGAACGAGUCAAAGUAGGAUUCCUCAGUGUACCAGCUCGCUCAUACUAUCCACGACCUGUGAGUUGUUUUCAGUGUUGGAGGAUCGGCCAUCUUGCUCGUGAAUUUCGAAGAGAAAAAACAUUUGUUAAUUGUUCGGAAGAAUAUCACGGCGAAGAGUGUUCGAAACCAUCAAAAUGCGUCAACUGUAAUGGAAAUCACCCAGCUAACAACCCGAAAUGUGACGUCUGGAACACGGAAAUGGAUAUUAUUCGUACGAAAAUUGAUCAGGAAAAUAGCUCUGCAGAGGCCAGGAAGAUUGUUGAAUCACGUAAGCAAACGGAGCAAACCUACGCAAGCAGAUUCAUCGGAACAGAGAAGACCUGUACGUGUAAAUGCACCUGUGGUCAAGUUGCCAAGGCAGAAGGAUCUACUACAAAUACAAAAGCUUCGACGUCAUCUGAGAUCAACAGCAGCCAAAUUCCAACUAAAUUAAAUGAUAUCAUCCCACCUAGCUCCCCCAGAACGAAACGUGCUAAGCAAGACGGAAAAACCAGCGAUGAUGAAACACCUGCAACCCAGAAGACUGUAAGAAAACAGAUGGACAAUGACAAACCUGAUCCCGAAGCAAUGGACCGAGUGAGAUGGAAUUAUAAAUCACCAAAAUGCACAACACACCCACUUCAUAUUCAAACGCGCAACCACCAACCCUGGUAUCUUGGAAUAUCCAAGGUUUCUGGACAGGAAAGCCUGAACUAG